AUGAAACCAUCUAAACUGCAAGAUCAUCUGAGAAGAUGUCUCCUUGAUAAAACAGAGAAAGAUUUGAAAUACUUUCAAACACUCAAAGAUAAAUUUCAGAAGAGACCUACACUGGACAGAAUGUUCGCUUCGACGUCACAAAGAAAUGAUGAUGCAAAAUCCGGAAAACCGCAUACUAUCGGAGAGAAGUUAAUUUUGCCAGCCGUUGAAGAGGUUUUAAGAGCUGUUUUACACAAACCUGCAUCUGAUAUCAUUAAAAGAAUUCCCUUAAGCAACAAUACUGUUGAAAGACGUAUUGAUGAAAUGAGUUCUGAUAUUGAAAGCUUCUUAUGUAAUUAUUUGCAAACGACCCAUUUCUCUAUACAACUGGACGAGUCAACUUUACCUGAUAAUGCAACAUUAUUGUUGGCAUAUGUUCGUUUUAUUAUGAAUCAAGAAAUCUACGAAGAACUGCUCUUCGCAAGAACUUUGAUAACCGACACUAAAGCAAUACAUUGCGUCACCCAUCGACAACAUUUAGUUGCUAAAAAUUUGAGUGUUAGAUUGCAUGAACCACUUAAUUUAGUCAUUGAUGCAGUAAACCGAAUCCGAAGCAACGCGUUGAAUACGCGGUUAUUUGCGCAGUUGUGUGAAGAAAAUGAUGAACACUUUCAUCAAUUACUCCUUCACACUGAAGUACGCUGGCUGUCGAAAGGCUUAUGUUUGACCAGAUUUUUUGCACUUUUUGAGACUAUUUUAGAAUUUCUGGAUACUAAAGAUAAAACUUUAAAAGAAAAUUUAAUGAAGAGGAAAACAGACAUCGCCUAUUUAACAGCGUUUCUCGCCAGAGUUAAACUAAUGAAGCAAAAUAUUGGACGAGGCGAAUUUUCUCAGUUCCCCAAUUUGUCACAGACAAGCUGCCACGAAGACGACGUUUCAACUUACGUUCAACAUUUAAAUGCCCUCUAUUCAGAUUUUGAAUCUAGGUUUGAGGAUAUUUUGACUAUGGCAAUACCACCGUGGAUAAUUAAUCCAUACGUACAAACGAAGAACUUAAGGUUCAGUUUAAAAACGGAUAUCAGCAAUUCUGGCUGCAAAACAACAUACCCGUUAGUUUCCCGUAUUAUGGAAUAUAGCGAGGAAAUUUUUAAUUUCCUUUCCAUCGUCAUACCUAGUGGAAAGGGGGUUCAGCGCUGUUACCAAUCUCCUAACGAAAAAAAGAAACAGACUGGAGCCGAGGAGAUUUAA